AUGAGGCCAUCAGAAAGAGAAGUAGAUUUCCACGAUUCAAAAAGGAGAAAGAUUAAGACAUAUGUUAGUGAGCAUACAUGUCAACCAAAGAGAGGGUUAAAAAAGUUAACUUCAAAAUACCUUAUUGACAGGUUUUAUGGUUUCAUUUUAACACAUCCUGACAUAACAAUUAGAUAUCUUAAGCCCUUUAUGGAAAAAUCUUUGGCAUUAGAGCAAUUUUCUUUGCUGGCUGAUUGGCAAAAUGAGGCUGGACCUAUCCCAUUCAAAGCCUUCUACAUUUGUUUCAGGGGGUGUAAGGAGGGUAUGCUUAACGGGUGUAGACCAAUAUUAGGAAAUGAUGGAUGUUUUCUGAAGGGAUUGGUUAAGGGAGAAUUACUAACAACAAUAGGUCAUGAUGGAAACAAUCAAAUGUUCCCAUUAGCUUGGGCUAUGAUGCUAGUUGAGGAUACAGAAACAUGGACAUGGUUUUUGAAUUUGUUGAGGCAUGAUUUAAGGACUGUUGAAGGUGAAAGAUGGACUCUGAUUAGUGACAGACAAAAGGGAUUGGUUUCUGCUGUUGCAAGGAGACAUUUGAAGCAACUCUUCUGGAAGCUUGCCAAGUCAACAAAUAUUCCUAAUUUUGAACUCAAAUUAAAGGAGAUUGAGAAGGUGCAUGCUGCUGUUGGCAAGGACUUGAUGCUUGUACAUCCUAAGUAUUGGAGCAAGCUUAUUUCAAUUCAUGGUCUCAAUGUGAUUCAUGUGACAAUAAUCUUUGUGAAGCUUUCAAUGGAAUAUGGACCACUUAUUCAGAAGAAGUUGAUAAAUAAUGUAACAGAGAGCCACUUUUGGGUGUCAGAAUGGAAUGGAGGUAGAAGCUAUGAAGUGAAAAAUGGGAGAAGUCAAUUUGUGGUUAAAUUAAGGGAUGGAACCUGCGCAUGUGGUGCAUGGCAGAUUUCUGGGAUUCCAUGUCCACAUGCUAUAUGUGCCAUACAUACCAAUGGUGAAAAGCCUAAGAAUUAUCUUGCACUUUGGUAUAGGAAGAGACAUACUUGA